AUGAACGAAGACCUGGAGGUUAAUUUAACGUGGCUGCCUCGGGAUCACUUAGAAGCCAACUCGGCAGAGAACAUUUCGGCCGCUGUGACCUCCCUGGUUCCUGUCGGUGACCCCGAACCCGAGUUUAUAGUAAACCCUUGGGACAUUGUGCUGUGUACCUCGGGGACCCUGAUCUCCUGCGAGAAUGCCGUGGUGGUCCUUAUUAUCUUCCACAAUCCUAGUCUUCGUGCCCCUAUGUUCCUCUUGAUAGGCAGCCUGGCCCUGGCAGACCUCUUAGCGGGAAUCGGAUUGAUCUUCAAUUUUAUUCUUGCCUACCUUCUCCAGUCGGAAGCGACUAAGCUGGUCACAGUGGGACUGAUCGUCGCCUCUUUCUCAGCCUCCGUCUGCAGCUUGCUGGCCAUCACCGUUGACCGGUACCUCUCGCUCUAUUACGCUUUGACUUACAAUUCGGAGAGGACCGUCACUUUCACCUAUAUCAUGCUCGUCUUGCUCUGGGGAGCUUCUAUCUGUAUCGGAUUGCUGCCCAUCAUGGGCUGGAACUGCCUCCAGGACGAAUCCACCUGCAGCGUUAUCAGGCCGCUCACUAAGAAUAACGCGGCUGUCCUCUCGGUCUCGUUCUUGCUCAUGUUUGCGCUUAUGCUGCAGCUGUACAUUCAAAUCUGUAAGAUUGUGAUGCGCCAUGCCCAUCAGAUAGCCCUGCAGCACCAUUUCUUGGCCACUUCCCACUACGUGACGACUCGGAAAGGAGUGUCCACUUUAGCCAUUAUCCUGGGGACCUUUGCUGCUUGCUGGAUGCCUUUUACACUCUAUUCUUUAAUAGCCGACUAUACCUAUCCUUCUAUGUAUACCUACGCUACCCUCCUGCCGGCCACGUACAAUUCCAUCAUCAACCCUGUGAUAUAUGCUUUCCGAAAUCAAGAAAUACAAAAGGCACUCUGGCUCAUCUGCUGUGGCUGCAUCCCUUCUAACCUUUCUGCGAGAGCAAGAUCACCCAGUGAUGUUUGAUUAAGUGGU